AUGAAGUUAAUCUUUUCUGUAUACAUAUCAUCUCAAUCAGUUCCAUAAUUACCAAACUGAAAAGAUGGACAUCUUCAGCAAUGAAGACACUGAAAAAUACGAUCGAGCUGAUGCACUGAAGGUCUUCGAUGAAACGAAAGCAGGUGUAAAAGGAUUAGUUGACGCAGGAGUUACGAAAAUCCCCAGAAUUUUCAUCCGACCACAUGAUGAACUAGUUGAAGAGUUGAAUAGCAGCAAGGUAAGCUUACAAAUUCCUAUUAUCGAUUUAACAGGCAGUGAAAAAGGUGAUCGACGAAAGGAGAUCGUUGAACAAAUUCGAGUGGCUUCAGAAACAUGGGGCUUCUUCCAAGUGAUUAAUCAUGAAAUCCCUAGAAGUUUGUUGGAUGAAACGAUCGAUUGUAUUCGGAUGUUUCAUGAACAAGAGAGUGAAAUCAAGAUGAAGUUUUAUUCACGAGAUCGAAUGAACAACGUGAGAUUUGAUAGUAAUCUUGACCUGUAUCAAUCUCGAGCUGCUAAUUGGAGGGAUACGUUGACUUUGUCGAUGUUUAUUUUAGAUGAUCUUAAUCCCGAUGAAGUUCCUUCAAUUUGCAGAGAAACAAUGCUUGAAUACAUAAAACACGUGACAAAAUUUGGUGGUACUCUAUUAGAGCUAUUAUCAGAAGCCCUCGGACUCCGGCCCAACCACCUCCAAGAUUUGGAGUGUUGUCAUGGCCGCACUUUCGUAUGCCACUACUAUCCGCCAUGCCCAGAACCGGAGCUAACCCUCGGAUCUAGCAAACACACCGAUCCCUCGUUUCUCACUCUUCUCCUUCAAGAUAAUAUUGGCGGCCUUCAAGUCCGCCACCAUGACCAAUGGACUGACGUUCCACCCCUUGCCGGAGGUUUCGUGGUCAAUAUCGGUGACUUUCUACAGAUUGUAUCGAACGACAAGUUUAAAAGUGUUGAUCAUAGAGUGUUGGCUAACCACAAUGGUCCACGGAUUUCCAUGGCAUGUUUUUUCACCGGUGUUGCUGUUCCUCCGAAGAUUUAUGGACCAAUCAAGGAGUUAACCUUACAAUCUGAUGGAAGUACACCUGUAUAUCAAGAUUUCUUGGUAAGUGAGUACAUGAACAAAUUUUUUACAAAACCUAUUGACAAAUCCGGCCUUGACUACUUCAAGUUAUGAAUGAUCGUGUACGGGACUCGUUGUUAAGAGGGUUUUCCUUUUAUAAUUUCAUAAAGAUUACAAAUAUUAGAUAAGAUAAUUUCCCACGGUUGGCUAUUAGAUGGGGGAAAUGUAGUGCUUUCUAUAUUAUUUAUAUGAUGUGUAUUAUAUAACGUUUGAAAAAGAGUGUUAUAUUGAGAACAUGUAAGUCCAACAAUUUAUAGAGUAA